AUGAUCAAUAAAACCACUUAAUUCAAAUCUCUAUUUCACAGUAGCUCAACUUCAUUUUGGGAUAAAUGUAAAGUGGAGCACUUUAGUAAUGUGAGCUUGGAAGGAAUGUUUCAAGCAAAAUUAGGUGAACAAUUGAGUAAAGUAAUUGUGAAGGUGAAACUCUCAUACUUGAUCAUAAUAUAGGGAGAUCAAUAACAUAUUGCCAAUAUCGAAAAUGCUAUAAUAUACUUGAUUAGAGAUGGUUGUAAUGAUGUAGGAGUAAGAAUACUAAAAGGAUUGGCAUAAUUGGAACUUUAUGGAGAUGUAAUUGGGCUUUUUAAAGUGUUGAAGAAAUAAUGCAUUUAAAUAGACUUUGUAUUAAAAUAUAAAGUGAGAAAAUUGAUGGCCAAUGGCACUUUUGCAAAUGUGUUUUUGUCAGAAAAUGCUAAAACCAAUGAAUUGUUUGCUAUCAAGUGUUUUGAUAAGAAUCAAAUUUUCAAAAGCCAAAAACAUUUAUAAUCUCUAGAAAAGGAACUUAAAAUUCUUAGAUUGAUGAAACAUAAAUAAGUAAUGACCUUAAUUGAGACAUUUGAGACUGUGAGUUAUAUCUUUGUAGUGCAGGAAUACCUGAGGGGAGGAGACUUGCAUGAGUAUAUUACAAAAGUGGGUCAUUUGUCUGAAAGGAAAGUGCAUUCUGUGAUAUCUCAAUUAGUGAGUGGGCUAGGCUUCAUUCAUUCAUAAGGAGUCAUACAUAGAGACAUAAAACCAGAGAACAUCAUAUUGAGAAAUCAAGAUAAUGUUGAAGAUUUAGUCAUUUCUGAUUUUGGAUUGGCAGACUUUUAUAGUUUUGAUGGCAAUUACUUAUAUAAAUAAUGUGGAACCCCUGGAUAUGCAGCUCCGGAGAUUUUGGUGGGUUAGCCAUAUGAUUAUAAGGUCGAUGUAUUCAGUUUAGGAGUACUAUUUUAUACUCUUAUAACUGGAAGAAGACCCUUUUAGGGUAAGAAUACGGAUUAAAUUUUUCAAAUGAAUGAGAAGGGGGAAAUCAACUUCCAGAAUAUCCGUAUUAAAGCUGAAGGGCUGCAUUUGCUUAAGAAAAUGCUGGAAUUUAGACCUGAACACCGAUAUUCGUUAGGAAUGAUUUAAUCUCAUGUCUGGUUGAGCAGAAUCAAUUUUCAGAGCCAUUUAAGUUUGCAAUAAAUAAAUGUGCCUGAAACUACAAAGGCUGGAGGUAGUACUACUCCCAGGACACUUAUGACUAAAACCUGUAUUGGAAAAUAAGUUCUCAUGACUGAGCAAAACUAGAUCACAGAAAGAAAGCACUAGCGAUAACAUGGAGGUAGAUACAAUUAUUCUAUUGGAAAUUUUACAAAUUUGUAAGGAAUCAUAUCUUGA